UUCAGUUACUCAAGAUGUUGUGGCCCAAGUUAGUUUGUUUCGCAUUGGUCGCUUUGGCUUUUGGCCAGCUUUAUCAAGUGGCCAGCGAGGAGUCCAUCGCCGUUUGUCCUACAAACUUCACCCAGGUGGCCGACAAAUGCUACCUGUUGGACGAUAGAUACAUGAACUUUUACGAGUCGGAUCGUCACUGUCGAUCCGUCAACGCCGGUCUCCUGAGCAUUAAGAAUCCUAUUGAGCUGAAGGCCCUGAAUGAUUGGCUACCGGUUGUUGCACCCUACCAAACGGAGUACUGGACAUCAGGAAACAAGCUGGGUCAGACCAGGAACGAUUACUUCUGGCAGAGCACCGGAGAGCAGGCCCUCUACCUUCCCUGGAACGACGAUCAGCCCACUCCCGCCAGCGGAGAUUGCCUGAAUUUCCUGGCCUGGGUCCACUUGGAUCCUGAGGGAGCCUAUAUGGGUGAUCAUCGCCUGUCUGUGAAGAACUGCAGCCAAUGGGCAAUUCCCAUCUGUGAGGCUCCACUGCAAUACUUCAAGACCCAGCUAUGCCUCAAUACUACUGCUUUCUUCGAGGCAAAGGUACCCGUCUAAAUGUAUAUAAAAGAGCUGUCGUUAAUAAAUCGAUAUUAGAUCAUU